AGAUUCAUAUAUUAUUUAUAUACAUGCAUCAGCUUUGUAUACAAACCUAAGCAUUUCACUCCUCUCUAUCUGUCACAAACAACUCUAUAUAUGUACAUCAAACUCACUAGAUUACAAAUUCAAAACUGCCAUUUCAUUUCUAACUACUUGAUUUCAAGAAACACAUGAGAUACUCCUGAAUAUACAGAGUUAAGUAAGUGGUUCAUCUAAAACGUGUCAGAGGAAGGUCCCAGCAGGAUCUUAUACCUUGAUUUUAAACGGUUCAAAAAAUAUAUGCGUUAUCAUGGAGCAGGCAUAUCAGCAAUUUGAGACGAGAGAUUUGAUUAAUGAGGUGAGGCAAGGGAAGGAGCUAGCGAAACAGCUUCAGAUUCAUCUCAAUGCCCCAACUUCAGCUCAUGAAACUCGCGAGUACUUGGCGCAUAAGAUCAUUGUUUCGUUUGACAAGAUCCUCAACUUGUUGAACUGCGGUACGAGUAUUGUGACCGGGUAUGAACGCGUUGCAGGUGGCCGAGAAGUUCGGGUUACUGAAUCUCCCAAUUCCUUCAGUGGAAGUCCUCGCAGUGAAGAUUCUGAUCAGGAUUUUAGAAGUUCAGAUAGCAAAUCAGAUGCCUCCAGGAAACGUAAAGCUAUGCCUCGUUGGACGAAGAGAGUGAAGAUACAACCGGGGACAGGAAUAGAAGGAUCACUUGAUGACAAAUAUAACUGGAGAAAAUAUGGACAGAAAGACAUUCUGGGAGCAAAAUAUCCAAGAGGAUACUACAGAUGCACUCAUCGACAUGCACAAGGUUGUUUAGCCACAAAGCAAGUGCAGAGAUCUGAUAACGAUCCAACACUGUUUGAAAUAACGUAUCGCGGAAGGCACACCUGUGCUGAUCAAUCUUCAACUAUCCCCCCACCUCCUUCAGAAAGAUCUGAUCCGUCCCCAAGCCUAACCGCCAAUGUUCACGAUCCUCAACUGCACAACCAGCAGCGCAGCUCACAAGAGGUGCUGCUAAACUUCAAAACUGACCUCAAAGUAAUAACCGAGGACUUAGAUUCGCAUGAUCCGGUUCAUGUUCCAACAUCAUUCUACUUCCCUCCCACAUCAAACAACAUUAACAACACCUCUGAAAACUAUAGCUUAUCGCAUCUAUAUAUGCUUGGAGAUCACAACAACUUUGGUUCUCCUCCGUUUGUGUCCCCUGCCACUUCAGGUUCAAACUAUAACUUAUCGGUGUCGCCGUCGCACAUGAGCAACUUUGGAGGGAAUUUUCAGGCGCUGCAGGCCUCAGAUAAUGAGCUUAAUGAGAUAAUAUCAGUGGCGAAUUCAGCUACAAACUCCCCGACUGUUGGGCUUAACUAUCAGUUUGGAGGAGUGGAAUUUAAUUCCAGUUUCACGUUCGAUAAUUCGGGGUUUUUCUCAUAGAAAGUACUCGAAGAAAUUUUGGACAAGUGAACAAAAUUUUGUCCCCCUGUUUUGACUUGACCAUAGUCUUGGUUAAUCUCAAUUGUAACACAUUAUACGGUACAAGAAUGCAUAUUUUAAUUAAAUCUUUAA